CGCAGUUCACUCCCUGCUCCAAAGGGAAUCAUCGAGCUCCUUCAUCGCUCCCGAGUACCGACCUUUUUCCCUGUUCAUGAACUGGAUUCAAUCGUUUUGCUAUCCUCGUAAUGGACUCUCAGAAAGAUGCCUUACAGAGGAUAAUCGCCACAUUAGCAAACAAAAAUGAGGAGCUCCAUAAUUUCAUUGAAACGCUGAAUCACACUUUGGAUCGGGUUCAGGUCAACUCUACACAGGUGGUGUCGGAUUUGGAGGAGGAAUUCGACACGCUGUACUCUAUUCUGGAUGAGAUGAAGGAGAGCAUGACGAGUACCAUCAAGCAGGAGUCGCUCCGCAAAUCACACGAGCUGCAGAACCAGCUGACCCAGAGCACCAGUGCAUUAGAGAGCGCAGAAGAGCUGCUGGAGUUUGCCAAUAAUGCGCUGCACAUCUCAGACGAGGCCGAGUUCAGUAAGGCUGCCAAACAGAUCAAAGAUAGGGUGACGAUGGCUCCUGCUUUCCGCUUGACCAUGAAGCCCAAAGCCACAGAUAAUAUGACGCACAUGAUGGUGGAUUUCAGCCAGGAGAGACAGACUCUGCAGGCCCUCAAGUUCCUCCCAGUGCCGCGAGCUCCAGAGAUCAUGCUCAUAGACUGUGUGGUGAUGGACAACGAGGUGACGGUCAGCUGGAAAAUGCCAAUGGAGGACAACAAGAUUGACCAUUACAUCUUAGAGUACAGAAAAACCAACCACGAGGGUCUGCCGCGCGUAAAAGACGAGCAGUGCUGGGAGAAACUGGACAACAUCAGGACCACCGAACACACACUACAAGGGUUAAGAUUCGACUCCAAAUUCAUGAACUUCCGGGUACGAGCCUGUAACAAAGCAGCCGCUGGAGAUUAUUCAGACCCGGUCACAUUAGAAACCAGAGCGUUUAACUUCAGCUUUGACUCCUCGUCGUCUCAUCUGAACCUGAAGGUGGAGGAGCAAAGCGUUGAAUGGGAUCCGCAGGCGGGAAAAGCAUUGGACAGCAAAGGCAAGGGGAAGGAGAACAAGGGCAGUGCACAUAUCACCAAUCUGAAGAAUAUGUCCAGAAGUGGAACUCCAUCCCCGAAACGGACAUCAGUGACCCGUUCACCAGCCCCCAGAGGAGCCAGAGAUCGCUUCACCGGAGAGUCCUACACAGUACUGGGUGACACCAGUAUAGAGUCCGGCCAGCAUUACUGGGAAGUGAAGCCUCAGAAAGACUGUAAGUCCUACAGCGUUGGUUUGGCCUACAGAAACCUGGGCAAGUUUGACCAGCUGGGCAAAACCUGCACCUCCUGGUGUAUCCACGUCAACAACUGGCUGCAAAACUCAUUCGCUGCAAAACACAACAACAAGGCCAAGAAUCUGGACGUGCCGGUGCCGGACAGCAUAGGAGUCUACUGCGACUUUGAUCGGGGCCAACUUGCUUUCUAUAAUGCUGAAAACAAACAAUUGCUGCAUAUGUUCAAGAUGAAGUUCACACAACCUGUUGUGCCAGCUUUCAUGGUGUGGUGUGGUGGUCUGAUCUUGUCCACAGGUCUGCAGGUGCCCAGUGCGGUCAGAAGCUUCCAGAAGACGGAGAACGGUCUGGGAGGAUCCAACAGCAGUUUAUCUCAGCAGGAUCCGACCGUGGCCAGCGACACCAUCUGCUUUUACGAAAAACUGCCUUCAGUGGACGGCGGCUCGCUCCUGCCCUGAGCGGACGCACAAAACACACAUGAACAAACCAAUCAGGAAAACACACUUCUGAUGCAGAGGCCUGUGGACGUCCAGCGGCUGAAUCUGGACCAGCGAUUCCCUUCAGACACUGGCUGAAUUGGGGAAAACGAGCGGCUUUAUCAGGGAAUAGUUGAGUGCACUUUUACUGAUUUUAGUUUGAACAAUGACAUGCUUUAAUCCAGUUGUCUUACACUCAUUGAUUCUUAUACUAGUUUAAGGUAUCACUUUAUUCUGAUGGUGCCUUUUAAAGGGGUAGUUCACUCAAAGGAAAAUCUGUCAUCAUUUAGUUGUUUUAUGAGUAUUUUUUAUUCGGUUGAACAGAAAUUAAGAUACUUUGAAGAAAGUUGAAGACCUGUAACCAUUGACUUUCAUAGUAUUUGUUUUUCCUACUAUGGAAGUUAAUGGUU